CAAAACCUUGAUAAUGUGCGCAUAAACAUCUCACUAUUCCUCAUUAGUACAUUCCCGUAAAUUACACAAUGAACAAGUCGAUAUUUCUAAUUUCACUCGUAGUGGUUAUUUGCCACUCGUACACAAUCAAAUCGACAGAAAAACAUAAACAUUUUCCAGUACAAUUAAGCCUUCCGCAACAACGCAAAUCGUUUCAACGUUUUUAUAAGAACCAUGUAGAAAUAGUUGAUUGUCCGGACGGUUACACUUUUAACGUGAAGAAAAUGACUUGCCAAAUGGACACCAUGGUGACAGAUUUGGGUUACAUCGAGAACAGCUGCCCGAACGAUUUUCGAGGAGACGUUCCCGAUCCGUUGAACUGCAGGAAUUUCAUCUCCUGCUACGACGGUGUCGCUUAUUUGCAAGUUUGUUCCGCUCAUCUAUUGUUCAGCGGUGCCUCCGUAAACUGCGAAUGGCCCGAAAAAAGUCAGUGUUGUGAAUAUCCGGAGAAUACAGCCAAAAAAUUCGUCGGUUUUCAUCAAAAAUAACCUAAUCUAAAGAAUAGAACUUAUUAUUUAACUUUUAAUUAAUAAAGAAUGCAGCAGUAUUAA